GUCCUUGAACGCAUCCCAAUGACUAUAUAAGGGGCAGCUAACACAUUGGCUGCUAGCUUAAACAAGCGCCAACAUGGAACCACAUCGUAUGUGGCACACAGACAAAAGACAUUUCAAAAAGUCUUGGGAGGAAGAAUAUUUUUUACAGACAUUAACGCUAAAGCCAUCUGCCUUAUCUGCAAUCAGUCUGUUGCUGUUAUAAAGGAGUACAACAUUCGUCGUCACUAUGAGACGAAGCAUCCAGCGUUUUCACAGUACCAAGGUGAUGCGCGAAGAAACAAGACCGCAAACUUGUUAGCUAAACUCUGUUCUCAACAAGGUGCUCUURCACGGCCCUCGGCAGCCCAGGACAGUGCGACACGGGCCAGCUUUGAGAUUUCUGCGCUUAUUGCCCGGACUGGAAGAUUUUUUUCAACGGGGGAUUUUGUUAAGGAGUGUCUGUCCACAGCUGCAGUGUUUAUGUGCCCGUCUCAAGUGAGAACUUUUUCUCAAAUCAGCCUUUCCCGAAAUACUGUGACACGUCGCAUUGAGGAUAUGUUUCGUGACAUUAAGGAGCAGUUUAAGGAUAAAGCCCGGGAAUUUGUUGCAUUUUCUUUGGCGUGUGACGAGAGUACGGACGUUUCGGACUCGGCGCAACUUCUGCUUUUCAUACGAGGAGUGAAUGAAAAUAUGGAGAUUACACAGGAGCUGGCUGGACUUGAAACACUGMGCAACACAACAAAAAGUGAAGAUUUGUUUGCAGCAGUUGAGCACGUGCUGGAUACGAAUGGGCUGAGCUGGGACAAAAUGGUCGGGAUAACGACAGAUGGAGCACCUGCCAUGGCUGGGAGGAAAGCAGGUCUCGCCAUGCUAGUUUCUCAGAAGGUUGCCCAGUGCGGAGGUAAGGUGGCAAAAUACCACUGCAUCAUUCAUCAAGAACAACCCUGUGCCAAAUCACUUGGUUUGGGGGACGUGGUGCGCAGCGUUGUUGCAAUUAUAAACUGCAUACGCUCAAAAGCUCUCUCACACCGACAGUUCAGGGCUCUUCUGGAGGAGGUGGAUUCAGAAUACAAAGAUGUGCUGUACCACCAAGAGGUGAGGUGGCUGAGCCGAGGGAAAGUCCUCAAAAGAUUUUUUGAGCUGCGUCAUGCCAUCACGGAGUUUCUUAAAAGCAAGAACAGYGACACUCAAGUCCCCUCAGAUGACAAGUGGUUUUGUGACGUGGCUUUUAUGGUGGACAUCACUGAGCAGCUCAACAUCCUGAAUAUUCAGCUUCAGGGAAAAGAACAGAUCAUCACAGAGCUGUUUGACCACGUGAAGGCCUUCAGGUCGAAGUUACAGCUACUCUGUCGACAUCUGUCAGCUGGUGAGUUAUUACUGUGUGUGUGUGUG